ACAAAGCCAAACUCCGAAUCCUUCUUUUGGAAAUCCCAGCGUCUGACCCCAAACUUCCCAUUUCUGCUGAAACAAGCCCCGAAUUCCCUCUUGAGGCAGACGGAGCCAUCCCAAAGCCCUGCCGGAGGCGGGCACAAAGGGUUAAAGCUGCUGCGGGCUCCGUGGCCAAUCCCACCGAGCGAAGGGCAGCCCUUGGCCCCAGCCCAGCAGCAGGUUGCUCUCCUCAGGUAUUAUUUUGGACUUUUUCCCGGGAUACCACGCAGGCAAACAAUGAGUUUGGCGGUCGGCGGAGGAUGGGGAGCUGCAGGAUGCGCCCCUGGCUUGUCCAGUGCCACUGAGCUGCGCCUCCACCUCACCCCUACGCUGCCAUGGCCACGCUAGAGACGCUGCCCGUCCUCAGUGACCCAACCUACCCCAGCCCGGAGAACUUCCACGGCUUCUCCCUGCGGUAUUCCCAGACCAUCCCCCGGAGCGCCAUGGGGAGCGUGGGCAGCGGCGUGGCCAACGAGCAGGAGUUCGCCAUGAAGAGCGUGGGCACGCGGACGCAGAGCGGCGGCCGGCAGACGGAGGGGCCCCGCAACGGCUACUCCGUGGCGCGGGACAUCUCCCACCGCUACUCGGGCGAGGAGAAGACCUACAAGUCGGAGAAAGUCUCCAACUCCCUCUACAUCAACGGCGACGCGCGCAAGAGCGAGAAGGUGAAGGUGGACAUCUGCGGGAACGUGACCGCCAACAACGAGAAGAACCUGCCGCUGCCGCCGCCCCAGUACCGAGAGCCCGGGAACCCACCAAAGAUUUUGCCAAUCUCCGGCAAGCUAGACCAGAGCAAUGAGCCCUUAGUUAGACCCUCAGCCUUUAAACCAGUAGUUCCUAAAAACUUCCAUUCCAUGCAGAACCUCUGCCCGCCGCAGAGCAACGGGAUGGCAGAGAACAGAAAGAGCUUGAACCAUGCCAACAGCAAUAGCCCGUCCGCACCCAAGGGUGGACUCGACAAGAGCAGCCUUAACAGGACUACAAACCAGGGCGGGGGGCUCUCGGAUUCGGGCCGCAACUCGCUCACGAGCCUGCCCACCUACGGGACGGGCUACAGCCAGCACGUGGGCCCCAUGAGCGCCUCCACGAGCCACAUCAACCGCAUCGGCACCACCUACGUGGAGAAGAACAUCGUGGGAUACAACGGGAUAUCUACCUCAGACAGCGGGCGGUCCUCCAGCAAGAGCACCUCGUCCUUCAACAGACUGAACCAUCUCAACGAAACGAUGCCUUUCCACUCGCCCUCGACCGACGACAUCAUCCAGGACCUGGAGGACCGGCUGUGGGAGAAGGAGCAGGAGGUGCUGCAGAUGAGGAGGAACCUGGACAAGAGCGAGGCGGCCAUCUUCCAGGUGUUCGAGGAGAAGCAGAAGAUCUGGGAGAGGGAGAUGGAGGACCUGAGGCAGAACUAUGCCAACAAGUUGCAGCAGGUCUCCAAAAAGGCGCAGCGGGCUCAGCAGGCUCUGCAGCUCCAAAUCUUCAAGCUCCAGCAGGAGAAAAAAAAACUCCAGGAUGACAUGGGACAACUCCUCCAGCAACGAGAGGAGCUGGAGAAGAAAUUUGUGGCUUUCAAGAAGGAGCAGGCUGAGUUUCUCCCGAAGAUUGAAGAGACCAAGUGGGAGGUGUGCCAGAAGGCAGGUGAGAUCUCCCUGCUCAAGCAGCAGCUGAAGGACUCCCAAGCCGACGUCUCCCAAAAGCUCAACGAGAUCGUGGGACUGCGCUCGCAGCUCAAGGAAGGUAAGAACUUCCUACGGGAGAAGGAGGAGCAGAUCCUCACCCUGAAGGACUCCUACAGCUCCAAGAGCGUCAACCUGGAGAUCUGCGAGGGCGAGCUGCAGAGGAAGAUGAGCGAGGUCCAGGUGCUGAGGGAAAAACUGAACCACUGUGAGCUGGAGGUCUCCGGCCUGAAGCGGACACUUGCCAGCAUGGGACCCGCGGGGUCUUUUGGCGGGGACCUCGGGGAGAAGCUGCGGGACCCGCUGGCCUGCGAGAGCGACGAGGCCAAGAUGCAGCGGCAGAGCGAGGACAGCGUGAACACCCUGCGGCGGGAGGUGGAGCGGCUGCAGACGGAGCUGAAGCUGGAGCGGCAGCAGCGGGAGCAGCAGGUGAUGGACUUCGAGGAGGAGCGGCGCACGUGGCAGGAGGAGAAGGAGAAAGUCAUCAAGUACCAGAAGCAGCUGCAGCUGAACUACGUGGAGAUGUACCAGAAGAACCAGCUGCUGGAGCACAAGGUCAACGAGAUGAACACGAAGGCCACCAGCCCCCCGCACACCGAGGAGAAGAAGACGUGGACUCCCUCCAGACUUGAGAGGAUAGAGUCCACCGAGAUCUGAGGGGGGGCCGAGGCCACGCAACGCAAUUUUUUAUUGCUGUGCAUGUACUACCUACUCAAGCCAGAGAUCUUCCGAAGGAUAACGCGCUCCCGUCGGAGUGGUGUGAGCGUGCUCCCACCAGGCUCCAUCACCCUUACUCUCCACUUCUGUGCUCUGUAGGUACAACAACUGUGGAUGUGCGUUGGUUUUCUAUCGAUAAAUGCGACGUCUCGCCUGGGUUUUUUUCCUAGCACAGCUGGUGAGGGUCAAUUGGCUCUUUUGUAAUCUGCCCUGACUGUUACUUCACUAGAGGCUGCCACCCCCUCUCCUACAAUUCACCCUUCUUCGGUUGGUUGUUUUGGAGGGUUGUAUUUGAUUUCUUUGGUUUUCCAAGCAUUUAUGUGCAGCAAAACAGUUCAAAGUGGCAGGUUUGUUGUUUUUUCGGUUUAUUUUUUUUCCAGGACGUUUUUAGCCACAUUGGCUAAUGGAGCAAAGCUCUUGGGAUCAUGAGCAAACUCAAGUGUUCUGCAUCAAGUAUCCUGUCUAGACGGUGGUCUUAGUGAAGUCAGUGCGAGCUUGGCCACUGAUUUCAGUGAAACCAGACAUAUCUCUACCAGACAACUCCCUCUUGCCCUGGCUGCAAGAGGCUAGGACAUCCUUGAGGAGUAGGAUGAGCCCAUCCUGGUAACAGAAGCCAACAAGGAAUGAUGUCCCAGCAGGAGCCUCUCUGGAGGCUCAGCAGAGCUUAACAAAUGCUGCGUUUUCACUUCCUUGUGGUUUCCUCCUGCAGUUCCACUCCUCUCCCAGGUUGUGACCAACCGCGGGAGCAGAAAUACCCUCCCACCUCUGCCUUGGUCCCCUUACUCUUACUCUAUACCCAAGCUGGCUACAGCAAGAAAAAAGCUUGGAAAUCCGAGCUAGUUUCCCUUCCCAACAGCCCUCUUACUUCCCAAAGUCAAUGGAAUCAAGGUUUGGGGAAGCCUCCAAACCCAUGGGAUUUAUGCAAACUGAAGCUUUAGCAAUCUGCCCCGAAAGUGGGCAAUUGUGCCACCCUGUCCCCAAACGAGCGACACCUCAGUGCACUCUCUUGGGCCAGGGUCUGCUUAAAAACAGCACUCGAAAAACUCACUCAGGAGUUGCAGGGGGGGCACAGCAGCAUCACAGCUGGAUUGCAGCGGUCAGCCUUCAGUACUGCCAUUCCAAACAGCACCCACAGCCAUCCCACGGGCCACCCCAGGGAUGGAGGUAACAACUCACAGGCCUAGCUCAAGAAAAUACUCAGCUACUAACUCUGAGCACGAAAGAAGUCAUAAGAGGGGGAAAUGCUUAAGAUCACGCAAGUGCUUAUGCCCUGGCAGAAUAAUAAACCAAAUCCUAUGUGCACGGUCACUGAGGCAGCAAAACCUGGCAUUCCUCUUGAAAACAUGGGCAAGGUGAGCUCGGUUCUUCCUGUCACGGACAGUUUUUUACCACAAGUCACAAUAAAGAGAAGAAAAAUGUUGCAAAGUGGAGUUUGCGCUGGCCAAAGGAUCAACAGGAGUGGGGAUUUUGGAUCUUUGCCCUGGGGAGCAGCUAGAAGAGAAAAUUAGGAUUAGCACUGGGACGUCUUGAAAUGUCUGUGAGGUGACUCCAGGGUGAAUUUGGCCAGGUUAAAUUUCAUGUGCAUACCAAGGAAGAAUCUGGAGGCACUGAGGGGCUGAAGACCUUCCAAACAAAAGCCCUGAAGCUGCACAUUUUCCAUGUUCUGUCUCCCCAGAGCUCUCCUGUUCAGGACCAGGUGUGACCAUCAGUUUGAGAACAAACUUUGUUGUGGUGAGCUCCAGGCUGAGCAGAGUGGAGACUGCAGUCAGUCCCACCAGCCCAAGUCAUCAGACAGUGCUGCUGGCCAGGAGCUGGUGGUGGCUGCCAGAGAUCCCUGCAGCCACUGAAAAUAGAAAAGUGCCAAGACCAGGGCAUUUCAAGACCCCAGUUGAUGAUUCCUGUCUUUUCCCACCAGUUCUGCCCAUGUCUUUGGAGCUGGAGGAAGACAAUUCAUGGAAAACACCAGGGCAGCUCAGGCUAAGCCUCAUUCCCUGCACCAGCCAUAAAGGGAGGUUAGGUCAGGUCUGACUACUGAUGGGCGUGGGGAAGAGUCCCACUGCAAAUCCUGAAGAUCUCCAGCACUCCUGGACAUCAGCCCAUGCACCCCAACCAGGAAGGAGUGCAGCUGCCUGCCAGUGCCACACAGACUCUGCCAUGCCCAGGGAGACAUCCACGUGCACCUGGCCAGGCAAAUCCUAGAGCUUCCUCCACGUCAUACUCCAGGCCUUCCAGACAGAGUCAAACAUCCCACAGUGUCAGGGUUGGAGACUGGUAUUUUGCACCAUCUCAGCUUUCUUUUCACAUUGGACAUUGGGAACCAAACUGCCACAAAGGAUUCUUGUGCUUCAGGAUUCCUCUCCAAAACUGGAUGUGCUGCUCCCCAUCAAGUCCACUCCCCUGUGCCAGCCCUCUGCUCAGCAGAGAUGGAGCAAAAUGAUGGUGAGACACCUGGAUUUCUAUUGUUUGUGUCCAGGUGGAGCUCACCUGGCUCCUUCCAGAUCUUUUACACUUUCACAAGUUGAUGAAAUCUCCCACCAAAAGCUUUGUUGAAGCUCUGGGGUCUUGGCCCUGGAUUAGGACAGCCAAGGGGUGCCAGGCUGGUGUCUGGGUGAUGUAUCCUGGGAAUGGCCAAGGAGGCUGGCAGCAUGUCUCUUGGAGGCUCAGGCAGGGCUGAUGAAUUGUUUCUGUCCCAUGGAAUUCCACCCAGAGUUUGGGCUUGACCAUCCCCCAGCUGUGUCCUCCACCUUGGAGCUGGUGGAAUUCAGCGUGACAUCCUGGCUCUCGUGUCAUUCUCCAAGCCCUGCCCCCAAAAUCCUCUCUAACCUGCCACUGGCCACCACCACAAGCUGUGGCCGUGAGGAUCUCACCUCAGUUGCCCACACAUGGGGUCCACAAGCAUUAGAGAUGCUCUGGGAUACCCAACACAUGCAGCUGGACAAUAUGGUCCAGGAUUUUUGGGAGAGCCAGGCCAGUGGUGGCAGUGCUGGAGCAGCUCUGGUGUCACAGGAACCCCAUGUACAGAGCCCAGUCAUGCUCCAGGCACAUCCACACGGCAAACAGAGGACACUGAUCAGCUCCAGAGGCUUCCAUCCAUGAGGAUGUGGGAUAAGCAGGCUGUCCUGGUGCCAGGGAAGGUCUUACUCUGCUGUGAGCAGGGCUGCUUUGCUCCACCACCAUUCCAAGGCUGCCUGCUACUACUGUCCCACCAAGCCAGCUGGGCUGAUUCCAGCCCUCCCCUCUCACCCCCAGGGUGAACACCAUGACCAGGGCACGUUGUUGUGCCUCACACAGCCCCACUUUGCUCCUGCCACUGUCUGCUGGCAGCUGGUGGUCCCAGUCCUGCUGUCACUGGUGGUGGUCACUCACCUCCGGGCUUCCACGCUCCAGAGAGGAAUGGAAUUGUUGCUCUUAUGCUGUUGUACAGAGAGAAGUGUAUUUGAUGUAAAUAAGAGCCCAGCUCUGUAUGUUGAUGAUUAAAAGGAGACAAGAAGGUUCUGUGGCUUCUCUGUUGGCAAGCGGGGCCGAGCGCUGAGCACUGCACACAGGGAGCUCAGCACCCCGACCUGGGCCUGGCUGCACUGGGAAUCUGGGCUUCAGCACCUCCCAGGAAAGCAAUCCACUUGGGAUUAGCUCAGCCUGGUGUCACUCUGUCCUGCUUUGAUGCUGUCACCCUGAGCCAGGUGUGCAAUGGCCUCUGGUUAAGGGUGAUGUCCCCUCUGCCUGUCUGGUGUCACACCCAGAUUCCAUGCAGACAGUGGCUCCCAGAGUGUCCCUCUGAGCUCUGCCCAUGGAAGGGACCAUCCUGCCCCCCUCCUGCCCCUUGCAGUGGCACUUUAUAGCUUGCUCAAGGCAGCGAGCUCAUGAGCAACAUGACCAAAGAUCUCCAGGGAGCGCUGGGCUGCAUGCCUGGAGCUGUGUCCCGGAUUUCCUGCAGAGACAGGAGGCUGGGGUGGGCUGGAAAAGGGGAAGGAGAGCUGGCAGGGGACAUGAUUUCCCCGUGUCCCACCUGGGAAUGUCUGCAGGUCCAUAAGGGCCUUUCCUGGACGAGACAGGACAGGAUAGAAAGGAGUUCCUGGGUGAGGUGAUCGUCCCCAGUUGGUGACACCAGUAUCCUCCACAGCCACACCAAUUAGCUCCACACAUUUUCUGUGGAGAAUAUGGGCCAGGGUCUGUUCCUAGGAGCUGGGAUGGAUGCCAUUCCCUUUUUUCUUGAGGAGAAGAGAGGAUGCACGCCAAGCCAUGCACCCUCUUGUCUUCAGGUAACUUAAUGCCUCUCAUCUUCAGAGCAAUAGGUUAGCAGCAGACACCACUACAGGGUCCAGUCAAUUGUCGUGGCUCAGUGGGAAUUGAGAAAAAUUACCAUCCUGAGAGCUGGUGGUCCCGCUGGCUGCCCCCUUGGUGUCCUCUCCACACCUCAGCAGCCUCCUUACCAAGGAACCACAUCCCAAGGUGAAGGCAGCGUGUUCUUCACUUCUCCUGCUUGGGGUGUUGAAGGCAUCUCCACCCACCUUUGCUCCAGGAAGGCUCCUGGACCUGGCAGGAGGCCAGUGGGAGGUCUGUGCUCCUUCAGGUGGGUGUUCAGGUGGGUCUGGGCCUUGGGCAGAUGCCUCUCAACUGUGCCUCUGCUCCCCAGCCAUUCUCUUCUCCAUUCCAUCCCUGGGAUGGAAGAGAGCCCAACUUGCUGAUAAUUUAACCCAAACCUUCAGUUUAAGCCUUGAAACCCUUUUAUAUUUCCUGUUCACCAAGACCCCCUGCAAAAGAUCAGUUCAUGUGUUGCCUGUGCCCUGCUGCUCCUCUGCUCCAGCUCUCCAGGCUCUGCUGCCUCCUUUCAGACCAUCCCCACCCCACUGGAGCAGUCAGUGCCUCUCCCAGUGCUCUCCCAGGCACAUCUGGACAAUCUGGAGCUACAGCCCCCACUGAGAAUGGGUUAUCCCAAUCCCUGCUCUCAGGAGCUUUCCAGAACACUGAUCCUCUCCUCUCUGACGUCCCCAUGGCAGCUCCAUCAGCCCUGCUUGACCUCCAAGGACAUCCUGGCUUCCUGCUGAAGGACAUUCCCAUGGCCUGCAAUCCUGUGGGAUCUUUGCACGGGGAUUCACACCAUCACCACCAGCUCUGGAGUUCCCUGGUCCUUCCACCCUCUGGAAAAAUGAGGGGUCUGAGGGGUCUCUGAGGUCCUUAGGGGCACACAGGACCCUGCAGUGUACCAAGGGGUUGGGGUCACAUCCAGCUGUUUGCAGAUGUUGCCUUCCCAAUAGGAUGUUCCAUGCUGGCAGAGGAACAGCUGGCAGCACGAAGCUCCUGUGUUUUCAGGAUAAUCCUCCUCCCUGGUUCUCCCAGUGACAGGGAUCGUGUCAGGUCUGGAGCCUGGACCAGGCUGUGUCCCCACAGCUCUUUCACAAAUCUGUUCUCUCCAGCAGGAAGUCUCUGCUUUCUGUCCCAAAGCAAUAGGUUUUUCCAGGGAGAUUUCAAAGGGACUCUUGCCAACUCUGACACCUGCAGGCAAGCCAACAUUCCCAUGAAUACCUUCACAGCUCCAGCCCUGGCCUCAACCCCUUUGGAAAGGGAUGCAAGGUCCAGUCUGGCUCUAAAUACCCACAGUGGUCUGAGCUUGGUGGGCCUGUUUAUUCAGAGAGCCCAAAGCUUCCCACAUCCAGCCUGGACACCCAGGAGGUGUCACCCACCCUCUCCGUGGCUGUCCCUGGGUCCCUGCAGCAGGUCUUCUCCACGUGGGAGCCACUGGGGUGUCUGAGCUCACAGAGCCACCUUCGGUGACAACCAGUGGGCUGCUCUGCCAUUCCUGAGAGUCUCCUGGGAGGAGAAGGCUCCUUCACCCCUUCCCCGUGACCGCCAGGAGCAGAACAGCCGCGGGCAGAGCUCCAGGAGCGUCCCAGCACCACCCAAUGCUGCACACCCAGCUGAAAAGUGUCUAUGCAGUCCCUCCUCCCCAGGCAGCCGCGUCCCCGCAGAGCCCAGCCCAGGGCUCCUCCAAGGUGUCUUCGUUUGCACUCUCCAGGACCUGGAAAUCGCUGUGAGCCCAGAGGAGCCAUCGCCCCGCUCCGGGCACCGCACCGGGGAGGCUUUUCCUCGCCCCCAAACCCACGCACGUGGCUGAGAGCAGUUCAGCAGAUGCAGAGCUGUCCCCACCAAGCCCGGCUGCCCCGGGGUGGGCGAGGCUGUGUCCGACCUCACCAGCAAUAACAGGAGCUCUGCUGGCCGUGGCCCUCCGCGGCAGCUCCUGCGCGACACGCGCGGCGCCGCCCUGCACCUCCCCGCCUGUAAAUUCAGCCCCAGCCUCGUGCUUUUCUUCCCUCUCGUUUCUUGACGCCUCGGUGGCUCUCUCUUUUUCUUUUUUAACUCUGUCCUCUCUGACUGUGAAUUCAAACCAGAAGUGUUCUGAACUCGACUCCGUUACUGUUCUGUCUCUGCGUCGACUGUUGCUGGUUCUCCGAACUGCGUUCAAACGAGACUUUGCAAAAAAAAAAAA